AGAAGAAAUGAACCAUAACCAAAAAAAGUAAAAAUGUAAACAAACGCGAAUUGGAUUAAAAUAUAGGUUUAAUUAUCAUGAACACAUUAAAUAUCGAGUUAUUACCUCAACAAAGACCGCAUGCAAAUAUUUUAAGCAUUUUUGAACACGAAAAGGUCACCUCUCAUGGAUUUGUGCCUGUCAGUGCUCCAAUGGUGCGAUACAGCAAGCUGGAGUUUAGGCGGUUAAUUCGUCAGUAUGGUGUGAAACUUGCCUUUACCCCAAUGGUUAUUGCAGAUUCUUUUAUACAUAGCCAAAAGGCGCGCGAUAAUGAAUUCACAACAUGUUUAGAAGAUAUUCCAGUUAUAUCACAGUUUGCUGCACGCGAUGCCUAUGAGUUUUCUGUUGCUUCUCAACUGAUAUACCCAUAUGUUGAUGGCGUUGAUUUGAAUUGUGGCUGUCCACAGUCAUGGGCUAUAUCCAAAGGAUAUGGUUGCGGACUUUUACGACACCCAGAAUUAGUUCGUGAUAUUAUACAAACCACUAGACGUCUUUUACCACAAAGUUUUAGUAUAUCGGUAAAACUACGUUUACUUAAUGGAUUGCCGGAGGAAUCUAUUAGAUCUACAGUUGAAUUGGCAAGACAACUGGAAAAAUGUGGGGCUACAUUUUUGACAAUCCACGGCCGAACAAUGUGGCAAAAAACAUCAGAUCCGCUUAACAUUCCCGCUAUGGCUGAGGUAAAAAAAUCAGUUCAUAUUCCUCUUGUCGUCAAUGGGAAUAUACGUAGCUGGCAAGAUGCGCAAGAAUUGCAUGACCAAACAAAGGCUGAUGGUGUUAUGGCAGCGCGUGGAUUGCUUUCAAAUCCAGCACUAUUUGAUAAUAAUAUUGAAGAAAAAGAAACGCCAAUUGAAUGCGUGCAAAAAUGGUUAGAUAUCGCAACUCGCGCUGGUGAUAACAUACAUUUCCAAUGUUUUCAUCACCAUCUAACAUUUAUGUGGAGCAGCCACAUGAAACGUAAAUUGCGUUUGGAAUUUAACAAUUUUACUAAUAAGCAACAGGUGUUCGAUUUUUUUGAAGAGCGUUACAGUUUAAAGCCGCAAGAUACAACACAUAGCAAUCCCUUUGAUUACACCAAGUGUGUUUAUCCGCCAGUGACACAUAAUUCUACAACUAAUAAAAACAAUGUCGAAGAAUCAUUUGAAGGGCAGAUAUGGAAUGAAAACUCAAAUGGAAAAUACUUUAAUGAAUUUAAGGAGGAGUUGUCGGAGACGGAAACACGAUGCGACAACAAACAUGAGGACGUUGCUUUAGAAGGAAGCUUUUUCACGGAAUUAGACUGAUUACCAUUUAAUGCGUGAAUAUUCAGGAGAAUUGACUGUGUUAAAUUAAGAGAAAUACAGAAAACAAAUUUUAAUUUAAUAAAAAUAUACAAUAUUUUUUAUAUACGGAAAAUUUUUAAGAUUUUUAUAUUAUGAAUAUUGUAUAUUAAGUUGGUUUUUAACACCCAUGAAGAAAUAUCGGAGACCCUAUAAAAUAUAUAAUACAUAUAAAUGAGCAAAGUGUCGAGCUGACUCGAUUUGAUCAUAUCCGUCUGUCUGCAUAUAUGCAAACUACUCCCUGAAAUUUUUAACUAUCCUCUUGCCCCUAAGAAAGUGCUCAUUUCCCGGAAGCGCCGAUAUCGGAUUACUAAAGCAUAUACGUAGGUGCCAUGUAUCUUGUAUACACAACUUUUUCCGGAAUCUGGUAUAAAUAUUUAUCCAAGAUAACGGAAUAAUCGUUUAAGAUAUUGUCCAGAUUGGGACAUUAUAACAUUUAUGUAGCUACUUUACAAAACGACCGACCGAAACCAAGUUGUUACAUACAAACUUGUAAUUGUGAAGGGUAUUAUACUUUCGUUCCAACCGAAUUUACGGGUUUUCUUAUUUUGUACUGAAAAUGCAGUAUUCGACCUUCGAAUAAUAUAAUCAUUUUGCGUUUUUUUAUUGCAGUGAUAUAUUAGAUGUAUUAAUUAUUUUUUUUUUACAAUAUUGCAGUUUAAAAAUUGUUUUCGCAAGAAUUUAAAAUUGAAAGAAUGGAAAAUGUUAUAAACUGUCGCUGCCUAUAGCGCAGUAUACAGUAUGCAAGAUCAUACUAUUUGAAUGCAACCCUGCAGUUAUUGAUUGCAUACUUUUCGAAACGAAAGUAGAAAACUAUUUAUGGAAGAAUUCCGAAACGAACUAGAUAAAGAAAAUUCUUUAUAAAAUUCUAAGUUAAAGGCUGCAGUUAUUAUAUAUUUUUGAGCUUGUAGCAGAAAUUGUCGAUGAACAAACUUCUUGAAGUUGUAUUUCUAUCUCUGUUGGACUGAUUGCGUUGUUUUUGUAAGGCAGAAGAAAUCAAGUGUGUGAUAAAUACUGACAAAAAGGAAUGUAGAUAAAAAAUUGGG